AUGGCGAGCCGUAUUGCAGCGCUGAAAGCGCUGUAUGAAAGCAAAGUGCCGGACGCGAGCGACACAUACAUGGAACAGAGUCUUGCGUCGUUUCAGCACGAGAACGCGACGCUGAGUCUUGAUUCGUCCGGCUCGAUGGAGAUGCAUGUUCCCGAAACAGAUCGUGCCACGUCCCUGUUCUCGUCUGUUGAUGAAAGCGUGUCAUCCACAAAGGACGAGCGUAGCACAAGCGCCGAUGCAAUUGUCGCCGAGUCCAGCGCGACCCCACGCAAGCCAAGCAUGCCGCAGGAGAGUGCGACACCCACGGCGAAACGCACAGACACACCGACGCACACGCUCCCCAGCGACGAAGGCUCGUUCUGGGACAUGGAAGAGUCUCUCUCUGCAUCGCUGCGUACAGGGCAUUUUGGGCAGGACCCUGCGGCGGCGCUGGACGACGACGAGGAGGAGCGGCCGGUGGAUCGCUCCGUCUCUGGCGAGUGGGGCGUCCAGGAGAUGAAGCGGCGCACUGCAGCCGGGAUAUCGAUGAAAUCCACACGGGAAAAGAUUGACCAGCUUACCGCCGAGCGCGACGACCUGAAAAUCGAGGUUGAUUUCCACCGGCGCAACAUGAGCCCCGACGAUGUCGGCGCGGAAGUUAUUUCGCUCCGCCAGGAGAAGCUGGGCUACGUGCGCCGCUUGCAGAAACUCAACGAGCUUGUCAAAGGCCAGGACCAAGCCCUCAAAGCGGUGAACAAGCAGGUGAAAGGGUGGGAGCACAAGCUACAGGACUACGAUGCGUUGCAGGAGCAGCUGCACGCCCUGACGUCUGAAAUCGCCGCGCUGCGCGCCCAAGAGCCGAGUGCCGCACUUGCCGAGCUGGAAGCGCGGCACCGUGCGGAGCGCGAGACAUGGGAGGAGCAGCUCGUCGGGCAAACGGACCUGGACCGCGACACGCUCGUCCAAGACUUGCGCGCCGAUUUGCAAGACGCCGAGCGCGAGAUUGUUUUUCUGCGGCGCGGCGCGGCGUCCAGUCCCGCGCUUGACCUCCAGCGCGAAGUCGAUGAGCAGCACGAGUCGAUCGGCGCGUUGCAAGAUGCGCUGGCCGCCGAGCGGCUGCUUGUUGCCGAGAAAGAAGGCGAGGUCGAUCGACUGAAUCGGCUGCACGAGGAAUCCCAAGCUGCGCUUGCCAUGUUGCAGCACCAGGUGCGUGACGAGCUGCACGAGACACAGCGCGGCGCACAGCGCGCACAGCUCGACCUUGCGCACGUCCAGGAAGAGCGCGACCACUUGGCGCUGGCGCUGGAUCGCCACGUGGAACGGCGCCGCGAGCUGGAGGAGCUGAAUGCGCGCCUGAAUGAAAAGCUCGUGCAGGUGGUGACGGACUUGAAAGAGGAGGAAGUUGCGCGCGAGCAGGUGGACACGGACUGGUCGCAGCGCUACGAUACCUCCGAGGCACGCACGCAGCGCACACUGCAUACCAAAAACGAUUUGAUCGAGUCGCUCGAGCAGCAACUCGUCCAGGUGCGAGGCGAGCAGCAGCGCCAGGAGCGCGAGCUGAGCGAAGCGCGGCGAGCACUGCAGGCCAACACAUCGCACGGGCGCGAGCUGGAUGCCGAGCGUGCGGAGCACGCGAAAGAGCAACGCCACGCUGCGCAGCUCGCGCAGGAGCUCGCGACCUUCCAAGCCGAGCUUGCGCGCAAAGACGAGCGCUGUGAAGAUGCCGAAGAGGAAAAUGCGCGCCUUUCUUCCGAAACGGCCCAGCUCGCCAAGGCGCUCCAAGCAGAGACGCGCACGCGAUUAAGCGCACAGGAGCGCUUGGAGCACACCGAAAAAGCGCUCGAGGAGGCGCGGCACGACCUGACGAUUGUCCGAGCCCGCCGCGACGAGCUCGAUGCACGCAAGCCUGCGACGAACGAAGCACAAGCGCGCGCCAAGCUUGCCGAGCGCAAUGCACUCCUCUCGACCGUGUACGACAGUCUUGUGAAAGCGCUGAACGGCACGCCGAGCACACUGGCCGUGGUACGUGCGCCGCAAAACUCACCGCAGCGCAAGCGCGCCGAGGACGACGCGGGCUUUUCUGCCGAUGCACGGCUUGUCGGCACCCACUUUGCGCAGUUCCACGACCGGCUCAAGCAGCAGAUCCGGCACCUUUCCACGAUCCAGACUGGCUUCACCCACCGCGCCAAGUCGCUCGAGCGCGAGCAGCUCGAGCAGCUCACCAACCUCCGGCGCGAGCAAGAGCACCGAUUUGGCCAGAUGGAGAGGGUCGAGCGCUCGAUCAAGGCGGCUGCCGAGAAGCAGGCGCAGUGGCGCAAGCGCAUGCUCGACAACGAGAACGAGCUUGGCACGCUGCAGCGUGCGAACGCAUCGCUGCAGUCGCAGCUCGCACGCCUGCGCGACGGCGCAAGUGUACAAGCACCGUCCGAUUCGCCCGCGCGCUGGUCCGUGCGGCUCCGCGAGCUCGAGUCGCGCGUCCGCGAGGCGGACGAGCGCGUCAAGCGCGAGCGACUCGGCGCCAAGGAACGCGCUGCACGCGACGACGCACGGAUCCGCUACCUGCAGGCACUCCUAAACAGGCUGCACACGCCGCCUGCGCCGUAG